CGCACUGCGGCGGCAUUGACGGAUGUUGCGUCACUGCUGCUUUAAAACAGGCAGAGCCGACCCGAACCGUAAAUCCUGGGCCAGAUGGACGCCUUCAUCGCCUGAAGACCCGAACUAAGGCUUGGAACAGCGACUGGAUUUCAGACACGGUUUCAGCUCGGAACCGCGCGUCGAAUCCUGGACCCAACCCCGAGUGUGGGCGCUUUUCGGCUCCGGAAUGGCUGACGCCGAGGUCUCCCUGUCCCCGGCUCUGCAGCAGCACAGCCCCCACCACUGUGUCCCACCCUCUGCACCAGCCUCCUGCUCUCCCACCACCUUCUCCUGUCCCUCCUCCCCCUCCAGUGCCUCCUCUUCCUCCUCCUGUUCCACCUCCUCAUCCUGUUCUGAGAGCUCCUCAGACUGUCCCAACAACAACCACCACCACCACCACCACCACCGUCGCCACCACCACCCCCGCCCCCAGCUGCAGCUGCCCCCGCCCUCCAACAGCGAGCAGCCAUCCUCCCCCAGCGCCAGCCCUCGCAGCUCCAGCCCCAGCGGCAGCAUCGGCAGCACGGGCAGCCUGGGCAGCAGCGCCAGCGAGGGCAUCGGCAGCGGUGUGUCGAGCGGUGGCGACCCGCGGGGACCCAGUCCCCCUCUAGACGUCAUCUCAGAGGACGCCAUGGAGAUGGACCUGGGGGUCGACCAAGUGAUCGACCCUGAGGUCGCCCUAAAGGCCUGCCAGGAGGUUCUAUUGAAGGUGAAGCUGCAGAACAAGGAAGCGCCUGAGCACCAAGAGUCUGGGCCGCAGUGGGCCAUCAGCCCAGACUCCAGGUCCAUCAGGGAGGAGGAGGAGGAGGAGGAGGGACCCGGUGGAGGUGGUACCUCACAGCAGGACCCACAGCCUAGGUCUUCCUCACCACCACCGUCCUCAUCUAAACAGUCGUGGCUGCUGCGUCUCUUUGAGUCCAAACUAUUUGACGUUUCCAUGGCGAUCUCUUACCUGUACAAGUCGAAGGAGCCGGGCGUUCAGGCGUACAUUGGGAACCGUCUCUUCAGCUUUCCUGACAUCGAGGUGGACUUUUACCUGCCGCAGCUGCUCAACAUGUACGUGCACAUGGACACGGAGGUGGGCGACGCCAUCAGACCGUACCUGAUUCAUCGCUGCCAGGGCAGCAUCACCUUCUCCCUGCUGUCGGCCUGGCUGUUGGGCGCCUACUCUUCUGACAUGCACAUCUCCACCCAGCGUCACUCCAGAGGCACCAAGCUGCGAAAACUUAUCCUGUCUGAUGAACUCAAGCCUUCGUCCGAUGCUCCCAAAACCGUUUCUGUUUCUGAAAGUCCAGUGUCGUCACCGACUCACCGCCGCUGUCACCGGAGGCACAACAGCAGCAACAUGGAGGCUACCUCCGUAUCCUACCCAGACAGCCCUGUGCCCUCGGACGCCGAGGUCUUUGUGUCCCCCUCCAGGAGGACCCAUCAGAGGUCCAAGUCGGACGCGACUAUGGCCAAUAGCGGGCCUGGAGCUGCGCUGCGACGGACGGGGAGUAACCCGAAGGUGGAGGCGGUCCACGAGGAGCCGGAGCGUCUUCGUCCUCAGCGAGAGUUGGUCAAGUCUCUGCUCUGCAUCGGGAAGCGUUUAGCUACGCUGCCAACCAAAGAGCAGAAGACCCAGCGUUUGAUCUCAGAGCUGUCACUGCUCAACCACAAGUUGCCGGCCCGAGUGUGGCUGCCCACGGCCGAGCGCCAGCACCAUGUCUGCAGGAUCCCCCACACGCAAGCCGUGGUGCUGAACUCCAAGGACAAGGCUCCGUACAUUAUCUACGUGGAGGUUCUGGAGUGCGAGAGUUUCGAAACGUCUGCUGUUCCAGUCCGGAUCCCAGAGACCAGGAUCUGUUCGGCUCGUUCUGCCGAGAACCUGGACUGUGGCAUCAGUGUUCCUGGCAUCACAUCGGAGCACAGAGCGGGAAGUUUCUCCACCGUCCCCAACUAUGACAACGAUGACGAAGCGUGGGCCACCGACGACAUCGGACAGCUGCAGGUGGAGGCCGAGGCUCAAACCAGCAGCAGCGACAACAUCAGUCAGUUUUCAGUUGACAGCAUCACGAGUCUGGAGAGUAAAGAGCCGAUGUUCAUCGCCGCCGGCGACAUUAGACGUCGCCUCUCAGAGAAUCUGGCUCACACUCCUACCACGUUCAGGAGAGACCCUGAAGACCCAUCGGCCGUGGCCCUCAAAGAACCCUGGGAAGAAAAAGUCAGAAGGAUCAGAGAAGCGUCUCCUUACGGCCACCUACUCAACUGGAGGCUUCUGUCGGUCAUCGUGAAGUGCGGAGACGACCUGAGGCAGGAGCUGUUAGCCUAUCAAGUCCUCCGACAGCUGCAGUCCAUCUGGCAGCAGGAGCGAGUCCCUCUGUGGCUCAAACCUUAUAAGAUCCUGGUGAUGUCCUCAGACAGCGGGAUGAUCGAGCCCGUCCUCAACGCCGUCUCUCUGCACCAGGUGCGGAAGCAGAGCCAGCUGUCUCUACUCGACUACUUCUUGCAGGAACACGGGAGCUUCACCACUGAGGCGUUCCUCACCGCUCAGAGGAACUUCGUUCAGAGCUGCGCCGGUUACAGUCUCAUCUGUUACCUGCUGCAGGUCAAAGACAGGCACAACGGAAACAUCCUGCUGGACUCUGAAGGCCACAUCAUUCACAUCGACUUCGGGUUCAUCCUCUCAAGUUCACCGCGAAACCUGGGCUUCGAGACAUCCGCCUUCAAACUAACGUCUGAGUUUGUAGAUGUGAUGGGGGGUCUGGAUGGAGACAUGUUCAUUUAUUACAAGAUGCUGAUGCUUCAGGGCUUAAUUGCUGCCCGGAAGCACAUGGAGAAGGUUCUGCAGAUAGUGGAAAUCAUGCAACAAGGUUCCCACCUUCCCUGUUUCCAUGGCUCCAGCACCAUCCGUGGCCUGAAGGAGCGUUUUCACAUGUCACUGACUGAGGAGCAGCUGCAGCUGCUGGUGGAGCAGAUGGUGGACGGGUCCAUGCGCUCCAUCACCACCAAACUCUACGACUCCUUCCAGUACGUCACCAACGGCAUCAUGUGACCAGAGCCCAGGUCAACUGGGCCAGAAAUGGAGGUUGUGGAGAACUUACUGGAUUGGACUGUUCCCUCGUCACGUGUCUGAGGAGUUUCCUUUUUCUGGGCUCAUGGUUCUCGCUACAGUGUCGGAGCUUUCAGAUAAAACCGGAAAUAGAAACUAACCUUCUGGUUGUUGUGUUGAUGCCCAAGACACAUUUAAUUCAAAUACUAAUACUUGUAAUGGAUUUUACUCCAAACCAGCAAAUGGUUCGAGCUCAGCUGCUCUAACUUUAGUGUAACUGAACAGACAGGUCCACAUGGUCAUUUGUUGGGUUUCACUGAUUAUUUUAUUUUUUCACUUGUUGAGACUGUUUGUCUAAAAAGGUCAUUUGAUCACUAAUUAAUGUAAUUUUCAGUUGCUAAAUUGGUAAAACAAAGCCAAAUUAACGGCUAAGUUAACACUGAUUGAUGCUAAGAAUACUGGUCUAAAUGUGGUUCAAUCGUUCCUUAAGGACAAAUGUAGAGAAAACACUAAAGAGAAGCACAACAUGAACUUAAUCCCACUGAGACAGAAAUACAGGAAGCUUUUGUUCUGUCCAUUUUAAAACAUCUGACACUAGUUUCUACCUGAUUUUAUUUCUCAACAUGUUUUGUCCAGACACAUUAUUCUCUACAUUUAAAGCAGAAUUAUGUUCAUGGUUACUGCUAAUGGAUACAUUCCAAAACUAAUCCAACACUUUCAUCAUUGUCCAGUGAACAAAGUCAUGUUGGUGAAUCACUGUUGUGGAGGGAUUCCACUUUUAUUUGGUUUUAAGUUAAGUACCAGUCAGUGCAGCUGCUGUAAACACUGACAUCACUGGCUCAACACACACACUCCUGUACGUAACAAAGCUGAUGAUUCUGCAUCAGACAUUUCGUUCCAACACUCUACAGUGGCUUCAUUCCAGGGUAAAGAGCUGAGUGUCACUCCUCACCAGCUGUCAUAGACUGUAGAGGCGCUGAAGCCUGGAAUAAAGCCCAAUGUUAACCACUAUUGAUAAAGCACAGAUGUUACAGUGUGCUGCCCCUCGGCCUGCACGUUUACGUGUGUGUGUGUGUGUGUGUGUGUGUGUGUGUGUGUGAGAGAGAGAGAGAGUAAAUGAGUUGUUUUCCUGUGAAAAACGAUGCCUUGACCUGUACAGAAGGUACAAACGUAUCAAUGCAACGACCUGAGAAGUGCUUUUACACCAGAUGUUGUGUUGCUUCAGGGAUGUUUCCAUACUUCAGUCUUCUCCUCUCGUCCAUUAGGCAGGGUCAGGUUUUUCCCAGAACAUUUCAGUAGCUAACUAUGUUUGCGAUGUCUACUACGAUGACAACAUCGUCUAUGUUUUAGUUUUUUGCCAUUAAUUAUCAAAUACAGAUAGAAUGAAACGAAUGAAGUAAAGAUAAAAGCUGCUUCUGAUCUGAACCAAGUUAAGAGGACAACACUGAACAGGAAAUUUCCUUCCUGCAGCUAAAGACCUUUCAUUGCCUUUUUUUUCUACCUUUCCCUCUGCUUAAUUUCAAUGUGAAGUGCAUUUAACCUGAAUGGAAACAAAUCUCUUAAUUGUAAAUAAUUCCUUUUAUUUCAUUGUAGCUGGUACUAAACAUUUACCACUGCAUAAUUUGACAAUUAAAUGUAAAAAUAGUUGUGACUCUUGCAGAGAAUCUUUACACAACCAAAAAAACAAAUGUGACCUGCAACGCUGUGGAUGGUAUUUUAGUAUAAGAUACUAAGAUAAGAUACUAAACCAUGAAGAGCGGAGCUAAAUGAAGCUUAAAUAAGAAUGUCUUAAACUGAGAUCACAUGUUUGACUUUUCUGAUUUUACCCCUAUAUGUGUUUUUAGAAACGUCAACAUAAAAUGUUUGGAAGCUGCAUAGAAUUGUAAAAAAAAUAAAACUGAACAGGAUAAACCAAGUGGAGGGCAAUGCUUGUUUAGUCUUUACUGUGUGAUAGAACAGUUUGAUCAGAACAGCAGCACCUGGCAGCCAAAUAAACCCGUUGAUUCCAAGGUUUUAAAUUGUACUUGAAAAUGGGAAGAACUAAAUGAAGUUAAUGAGCAGCAGGAACAUCACAGACCUUAACCUUUUACCUUUGUGUCUGCAGCAGACUUACCUGUACACAAGCCCAGGGACAUGUAACCACUGGUCUUGGAGCUAAUUCCUCCAUGUGCAGAGAUUCUGGCAGCAGAACGUUUGUGGGGUUCACGUAUCAAUGUAUUAUAGACUAAUGUUAAAAUAAAUGCUUUAUUUGAUUUGGUA